CCUAACCCCAAAACACCAGAUCGCCACAUCCGCCAUUACUCCCCAUUACCCCAAAAAAGCUCGAGCACAUCCUUUGCAUGGCCGUUGGAUUGCUGUCCCACACCGUGUCCGACCUCUGUCUCGGGAAGCCCGCGCUGAGGUCGCUCCCCGCCACUGCCACCCUCGGCGACGCCCUCUCCGCCCUCAGGAGCUCCGGCGAGACCUGCCUCAGCGUCUGGAGCUGCGACCACUCCUCGGGCGAUGCGGCCGCGCCCGAAGCCGAGCUCGGUUGCAGGUGCGUCGGGAAAGUUUGCAUGGUGGACGUGAUUUGCUACCUCUGCGAGGACGGCCGCCUCUCCUCGCCUUCCUCUGCUCUGAAGGCUCCUCUCACUGCGAUCCUGCCCAACAUUCCAGGUCUUGUCAUUCAUGUCGACCCUUCUUCCAGCUUGUUAGAAGCGAUUGAUCUCAUACUGCAAGGAGCACAAAAUCUAGUGGUGCCAAUCGUAACCAGAUUUGCCACCAAAACGAGACGGAAACAGCACCAGAAACCUUCGCCGACGCCGACUCUGCACCACGGCCGGGAGUUCUGCUGGCUCACGCAGGAAGACGUCGUCCGCUUCCUCCUCAACUCCAUCGGAGUCUUCUCUCCGCUCCCCGCCUUGUCGAUUGACGAUCUGGGCAUCGUCAGUGCCGACGUUCUGGUCGCGGACUACCAUUCCCCUGCCUCCUCCGCCGUCGGAGCGAUUGCCAGCUCCCUCGCCGACCAGACCUCCGUCGCCGUCGUCGACGGGAACGGAGUCCUGAUCGGCGAGAUAUCCCCUUUCGCGCUCGCCUCCUGCGACGAGACCGCCGCGGCCGCCGUCGCGACGCUCUCCUGCGGCGAUCUACUGGCGUACAUCGACUGCGGAGGCCCGCCGGAGGAGCUCGUGAGGACGGUGAAGGCGAGGCUGGAGGAGCGUGGUCUCCAAGCUACGGUCAACGAGCUCGCGAUUUCUUCAAGCAACUCAAACCCCUCGUCGCCGUCGUCGGACGAGGAUACCGUGACGUCUCCAACGAGCGUGCUGCUGCUGCGGAAGCUGGGGAGGUGCAACAGCCGCUCGUUCAGCUACUCGUCUCGGCUGGUGAGGAGGUCGGAGGCCAUCGUGUGCAACCGGAAGAGCUCGCUGGUGGCGGUGAUGGUUCAGGCGAUCGCGCACCGGGUGAACUACGUGUGGGUGAUCGAGGAGGACUGUAGCUUGAUCGGGAUCGUCACCUUCUACCACAUGCUUGAAGUGCUGAAGGAGCAUUUGGAGAAUUUGGCUUGAAGAAGCCUGUAGAAACAACAAAAAGGUUCCUUUUUUAUUAUUUUUUGUUCCUGUGCUUGAGCUUAUCUCUCAUUACUCACGGGAUGUCUGAGAGAGAUGUCAUAAGAUAUCUGGGAAGUGCAAGUGAGCUUUUUGACCUUUUCGUGGCUUUUUCAAUCAUUUGAGAGGAAGGGACAAAGAAAGUUAGGCCUUUGAUUUGUAUGAUUAUGGCUAAGUGUGUUUUGCUUUUCCUGUUGGGAUGGACCCAACUUCUGCUUUUCAUCAA